AUGGGUAUCAACGUUAGUGCUGUUUAUCAUGGUUAUCUUGGAGAAGAAGAGGCACAGAUGUUCGUUCAGAAAUCUUAUUUCACAUUGAAGCAAAUUUAUAUUCUAUCCCAGAAGUACCGCCAAAUGUCAAAAGAUUCAAGAAUUAACUUAAAUGAUUUUGAAGUUGCAAUGAAUAUACCAAAUCAUCAAAUUGCAGAAAUCUUGUUCAAGAUUAUUGAUGAUGAUGGUAGUGGCGAAAUAACGUUUCCUGAAUUCGUUGAAGGAUUAAACAAAUUCCAUCCAGACGCACCGUUUGAUGAAAAAGUUAAAUUAUGUUUCCAGGCUUACGAUGCGGAUGGCAGUGGCAACGUUUCCGCUGAUGAAAUACGAAAUAUUAUACAAAUUUCACUCAAAAACAACCAAUAUCUUGAUUUCACCGAGUCUCAGAUAGAUGAACUUGUUUCACAACUUAUUGACACAUAUUCGAGAGACAAGAAGGAACUCACUUUUCAAGAAUUUUACAACAUGGUAUCUAAAGCAACUGGUGUCAUUGAAGCAUUCGAUAUCGACACUGAUCAAUUAGUUGAACAGUAA